GUAUUCUAAUUUGAAUAUGCCGUUAAUAUCUGCUUUUGUGGAGAGGUGGCAUCCAGAAACAAAUUCAUUUCACCUACCUUUCGGAGAGCUAACAAUAACGCUACAUGAUGUUGCAUACAUUUUAAGUAUUCCUAUCACCGGACAAGCAGUUUUUGGUAAACCCGUAGUUUCCCAAUUAAAAGAGCAUCUAAAAACCACUCUUAAUAUAUCAACAUCUGAGGUGGAUAAUGAAUAUCGUAGGGGGAGCGUGCGGUUAAACUUUAUACAAGGUUGUUGUUCAUCAAAUAAUUUGCAUUCGUCAUCAGAAGCUAUUGGAUACUUGUUGUGGUUGUUAGGGUGUACUAUUUUUGUAGACAGGUCAUCUACUAGUGUUAGUCCUUAUCUUCUACCAUACUUGGUUGAUUUGGAAAAGGUUAAAGAUUAUGCUUGGGGUGCUGCUUGUUUGACAUAUAUGUAUCGUCAAUUAGGGGUAGCUUCCAGAUUUGACAAUGCUCAAAUUGCUGGAUGUUUAACACUCCUUCAGGUAUUAUUAAAUAAAAAAUUUCCUUACAUUUUAAUAUCAAAAUUUGUAAUGUUAAUAAAACUAUUACUUUUUUUUAGGCUUGGAUAUAUGCUUAAUUUCCGACAUUUCGGCCCCAAAAGAACAAGGAAUGGGAUUUAAGAUUACCGCAUGCACAACAAUGGAUCCCUCCACAUGUUCAUAAUGUCGGUAUUGAUUCUUUGGUGUCUUAUAGACGCAUACUAGAUGAUAUGAAAGUUGAUGAGGUAGUGUGGACUCCAUUUGAUAGAAAUCCUCAUCAGACGUUUCCGAUUGCAUUGUAUUCUGGUGUAAUUCAUUAUAGGGAUAUUACAGAGCCAUAUAUGUCUGAUCGUGUAUUGAGACAAUUUGGAUAUGUGCAAAUUAUACCCCUACGUUUAUUGCAUCCCAAAACUAGUUAUAGAGGACCAGAGAACAACAAAUAUAAAUGCAAACACGAUGAGAACCUUCGCGCAUGGGAUUCUUGGAUGAAUCAUUGUUUUAGAGUAGGUGAAGCAGGUUCUUAUAGAGCAAAUUUUUCUACUGAAAUGGUAGAAGGAUAUCUUGACUAUUACCAAGCUCGCACUCAUAUUCGAAUUCAUAGAGAUGUCGCAUUAACAUCAAUGCCAAUAGAAUCAUGUGAUAUGUCUGAAGUUGCACGUCUGCAAUACUUAGGUGCAAGAGCUUACCCACUCCACCCAGACAUUCGACACCGAACUGAUGAUGUGACAUUUUGGCAAUGCCUUGAUGAUUUAACCCGUCAUUUAGAAGAUUGGAUGUCAAGACUACAAGAUGAUCGUCGAAGAAGAGGUGGAGGUGGUAAUUCAAGGAGGGGUAGUCGUAGGGGAUAA